CAAACUCCACGCUCCACAGAGCUCAGACAGAGACACAGCAAUGCUUUCCUUUCCUCUGCUCUAAUGAAACACCCACUACUAUUCUGAGUUUUGUGGCAGCUCGAGCAAAGACGGCAGAUUCCAGUGAGACGUCGACUGUGAAAAUGAAUUAUACAAGAGUUCUCCAUGCCUUUGGAGGUCACCCCCAGACCGCUGUGAUGCCCAUUGACCUCGCUAGGUGCCUGAGCCUCAGUCGGCGCCAGCCUCUUCAUCCCCUGCCGUCCAUGCCUCCUCUGAAACCUGCACAGCGUUAUUGUCAGUCGACCGGCCCUGCGCCCAAGAACAGCCUUCACUCCCCACAUCACUCUUCCUCUUCGUCUUCAUCCUCAUCACAGCCCUCCUCCACUGCGCCCUCUGAGCCUCGGAGCUGUUUCCGCAGGGACAGCGGCAGUCUGAACAAAAAGCGUGUGGUGUUUGCAGAUGCGAAGGGGCUGGCCCUCACUGCUGUGCGUCUCUUCAUCCCUGAGCCCUCAGCUGCCUCCCCUGCUCUGGUGAUGAAACCCUCGCUGGCCAAACUGCAAGGCCAAGAGUUUCGUCUGGGUUUCCCACAGCCGACGCAGGACCUUAAAUCCUUCCUUGCACGUCUGAGAGACUUGCAUGUGCAGCUGAGAAGCUGCAACAUUUCAGAACACUCCCUGAGAGGCAAAGUAUGCGUCUCACAUGAGAGUAUUGAGAAGGCCGUGCAGAUAAAGUUGACCUUUGACUCUUGGCGGAGCCAUCACAACAUUCCCUGCACAUUCCUGCAGCAGCAGCGCUGUGGAGGCUCCGAUGCCAGGAGCUGGAACGAAGGCACACUGGGAUGACAACAGAGGGCAGAAUUAUAGGCUGUGCGUGGAAAAAGACGCACCAAACUCAAACCAAGGCGACGUUAACCGGUUUUACCCGACACUGUCCAAACAUCAGCCACAGACUUGGCCGUCACGUGUGUCUCACAGUGUGCAGACCUCUGCUGACCUGCAGUAUCUUCACAGGAGUUUAUCGAGCAGAGUCAGAGAAGAGUGGAAAAACUUUGUGUUCAGCUGAGAAGAC